UCCAUCUCUCUCAAAACUCCAAUCAUCUCUCUCUCUCUCUCUCUCUCUAUAAUGGAAGCAAAACAGCUGAAAUCUUGAGAGGAGCAACGCAUUUAACAGAAGAAAUGAAGAUGAAAGCUGAAAACAGCACUUGCACUCACCUUUUCUUUAGCUCAGCAAAGCUUUUCUUGCUCUAUCACCACCUUUAUAUUCAACACCUCAUAGUUUUCCUCACAACCAUUUUCUUCUUUCUCUCUACAAUAUCCCCAGCUGCUGCUUCUUCUUCAGCUUCAGCUUCAGGUUCCUCUAUUAAUGGCCUAUCCAGGGACUCACAGCAGCUUUUAUCCUUCAAAGCUUCACUCCCUAAUCCCACUCAGCUGUCAGACUGGUUACCAGCCAAUAGUCCUUGUAAUUUCACUCGUGUUUCAUGCAACAAGAACUCCAGAGUUUCCUCCAUAGAUCUCUCAGACUUGCCUCUCGGCAUAGACUUCAGCUUGGUUUCAUCUUCUAUGAUAGCCCUUCAAAGCUUGGAGCUUUUAGUGCUGAGGAACACCAGUCUCACUGGUGCACUAACUUCUUUAGUAAGAUCUCAAUGUAGUGCAUUCUUGAGUUCUGUAGAUCUCUCUGAAAACAGCAUUUCAGGUCCUGUUUCCGAUAUACUGAGCUUUGAAGUAUGUUCGAGCAUUGUUUCUCUUAAUCUGUCCAAGAAUUCAUUGGACCCUCCAAUGAAGGAAGAUAAAGCUUCAUCCUUUGGAGUCCAAGAGCUUGAUCUUUCUUUCAAUAAUAUCUCCGGCCAAUAUGUGGUUCCAUGGCUGUUAUCCAAUCAGUUCCCUGGGCUUCAGCACUUGUCUUUGAAGGGUAACAGAGUAGUUGGAGAUUUUCCUGCUCUGAACUUGAAGAACUUGUCUUAUUUGGAUCUCUCAAUGAACAAUUUCUCAGCUGGAUUUCCUUCCAUAACUGACUGUUCCAAUUUGGAGCACUUGGACUUAUCUUCAAAUAAAUUCUCUGGCGAUGUUGGAAGCUCACUUUCCUCAUGUGGGAACCUCAGUUUUCUCAACCUCACCAAUAAUCUGCUCAAAGGUGCCGUUCCAGAGCUGCCAAGUGGUGCUGGUGGGGUUAUGCAGUUUUUGUACCUGGGAGGAAAUGGUUUCCAAGGUGUUUUACCACCUUAUCUAUCUGAUUUGUGUCCAAGCUUGGUGGAGUUGGUGUUGUCCUACAAUAAUUUGUCAGGUAAUGUCCCUGAGAGCUUUGGUGCAUGCUCUGUUUUGGAACUAUUUGAUAUCUCAAACAAUAAAUUUUCUGGUGAAUUACCUGUCGAUACCCUUGUGAAGAUGAGUAACUUGAAGAAUUUGUCCUUGUCAUUCAAUAAUUUCCUUGGUUCUUUGCCUGAAUCUUUGUCCAAGAUGGUCAGUUUGGAGACUUUGGAUGUGAGUUCUAAUAAUCUCUCUGGGGUGAUUCCAUCUGGGAUUUGUCAAGACCCCAGGAACAAUUUGAAAGUGUUGUAUCUUCAGAAUAAUUUGCUCACUGGUUCAAUACCAGAGAGUCUGAGUAAUUGUUCCAAGUUGGAAUCCCUUGAUCUCAGUUUUAACAACUUGACUGGGACAAUCCCAUCUAGCUUGGGAUCAUUAUCUCAGCUUCGUGAUUUGAUUGCUUGGUUAAAUCAGCUUCAUGGAGAAAUCCCACAAGAGCUGAUGUACUUACAGAGGUUAGAGAAUCUGAUUCUUGAUUUCAAUGAUCUGAUUGGAUCAAUCCCUGCUAGUCUCAGCAAUUGUACGAAUUUGAAUUGGAUUUCACUCUCAAAUAACCAGUUGAGUGGUGAGAUACCAGUGUCAUUGGGUCGUUUGGCAAAUCUUGCGAUUUUAAAGCUCGGAAACAACUCGUUAUCUGGGAAUAUUCCUGCAGAAUUAGGGGAUUGCCGUAGCUUGCUUUGGUUGGAUCUUAAUACCAAUUUUCUUAAUGGGACUAUCCCUCCUGGUUUAUCCAAACAUGCUGGCAAUAUUGCUGCUGCACGGCUUACAGGGAAGCGGUAUGUGUACAUCAAGAAUGAUGGAAGCAAGCAGUGCCAUGGAGCAGGGAAUUUGCUAGAGUUUGGAGGAAUCAGACAGGAACAGCUGCAUAGAAUUUCAACGAGGCAUCCCUGCAAUUUCACACGAGUUUAUAGAGGGAUCACUGAACCAACAUUCCACCAUAACGGUUCAAUGAUUUUCCUAGACAUUUCUCACAACCAUUUGGAGGGCAGUAUUCCGAAGGAGCUUGGAUUCAUGUAUUACCUCCAGAUACUGAAUUUGGGGAAUAAUAAUCUCUCAGGGCCAAUUCCCCCAGAGCUUGGAGGCUUGAAGAAUGCAGCCAUUCUUGACCUGUCAUAUAACAGGCUCAAUGGUUCCAUUCCACAGACACUAACUGGCCUUACGUUGCUUGGGGAGGUUAAUCUGUCAAACAACAAUUUAUCUGGACCCAUUCCAGAGGUAGCUCCAUUUGAUACUUUUAAUGAAACUACAUUUGCCAAUAAUAGUGGCCUAUGUGGGUACCCUCUUCCUAGGUGUGGGACAAAUUCUGGUCCCGGUCCAAAUGAGCAUCAGAAGUCUCAUCGCAGACAAGCAUCCCUUGCAGGAAGUGUAGCAAUGGGUUUGUUGUUCUCACUAUUCUGCAUUUUUGGAUUAAUCAUAGUUGCCAUAGAAAUGAAGAAGAGGAGAAAGAAAAAGGAGGCUGCGCUUGAAGCUUAUAUUGAAAGUCAUUCCAAUUCAGCAACAGCCAAUAGCAACUGGAAGCUAAGUGUUCGAGAUGCAUUGAGCAUUAACCUCGCAACAUUUGAGAAGCCUCUCAGGAAGCUCACUUUUGCAGAUCUUUUAGAAGCCACUAAUGGUUUCCACAAUGACAGCCUUAUAGGGUCUGGUGGCUUCGGUGAUGUUUACAAAGCUCAACUGAAGGAUGGAAAUGUUGUGGCCAUCAAGAAACUCAUACAUGUCAGUGGGCAAGGGGAUAGAGAAUUCACAGCUGAAAUGGAAACCAUUGGGAAAAUUAAGCAUCGCAAUCUUGUGCCUCUCUUAGGCUACUGCAAGGUAGGUGAAGAGCGAUUGUUGGUCUAUGAGUACAUGAAGUUUGGAAGUCUAGAAGAUGUUCUGCAUGAUAGAAAGAAAAUUGGACUCAAGCUAAAUUGGGCUGCAAGGCGGAAAAUUGCAAUUGGAGCUGCAAGGGGCUUGGCUUUCCUUCAUCAUAACUGUAUUCCCCACAUUAUUCACAGGGAUAUGAAAUCUAGCAAUGUCUUGCUUGAUGAGAAUUUGGAAGCUCGAGUUUCUGAUUUUGGAAUGGCAAGGCUCAUGAGUGCAAUGGACACUCAUUUGAGCGUAAGCACUUUAGCAGGCACCCCUGGAUAUGUACCUCCUGAGUACUACCAGAGCUUUAGAUGUACAACAAAGGGCGAUGUUUACAGCUACGGUGUAGUUUUGCUGGAGCUGCUAACUGGAAGGCAGCCAACAGAUUCAGCUGAUUUUGGUGAUAAUAAUCUAGUGGGAUGGGUGAAGCAGCACGCCAAGAUGCGAAUAAGUGAUGUUUUUGAUCCAGACUUGAUGAGAGAAGACCCCAGCUUGGAGAUUGAGCUUCUAGAACACUUGAAGGUAGCAUGUGCUUGCUUAGAUGAUCGACAUUGGAAGCGUCCGACAAUGAUUCAAGUAAUGGCUUUCUUCAAAGAAAUUCAAGCAGGGUCCGGGAUUGAUUCGACAUCCACGAUUGCUGCUGAUGAUGACGGUUUUAAUGCAGUUGAAGGGGUGGAGAUGAGCAUAAAAGAAGGCAACGAAUUGAACAACCACUUGUGAAGGACUCAAGCAACGUCUGCAUCAAAUUUUUUUGGCCAAGAAACAGAAGGAGGAGGUGCUGAAGAUUCAUUCAGCUCCCAAUUUUUCCCUCUUCUAUACCACUUCAAAAGGGUACCCACCUAGCUGCCUCUGUAGUAUUUUUUUUUUUACCAACUAUUGUAUGUACCACUAGUCCCACCAAAAUCUUGUCAUACGUAAAAAGUUGUUUAACUUGUAACACGGUUGUACAUAUAUAGUUUGAAUUUUGUUAUCCUUCUCCUUUUACCAGUUCAAGUUGUUUCUCAGAAAUAGAACAUUAGAUUUCAGAUCUAAUCCUUUAAAGGAGCUGUUAAAUCUCUGCCUCUUUGAUGGUGACCAAGUAGUAGUAGCAUGGGACUUUUUGAGUACUAUUUCUUCUUGCU